AUGCUGACUUCUACAGAGGAAAGAAAUGGGACUGCUCAGGUUCUAGCGCAUUCAAGCGUCUUUUGCGUUGUACCAUCCGUUUGCGUUGGCUACGGUAUCGAAAGUGAACGUUCCAUCUGUGUGAAGAAAGUGAUACGUACAACGUUGUGUUCUCCAGUAUAUCAGGGAGAACUUUUUAUGACAUUAGAGUGCAACUCAGUGUCUCGUACUCUCACUGAAAGGAGGAUUUUCAUCAGUGUGCCUCGUUCGAAUCGCCACCAUCAUCAGCAGCCAGCAGCACUAUUUGGAUCGUCUGGAUCCGUAUCUGCUCCCCCAACUCCACGUAGUCGGCAGGAGGGUUCUCGACGUCCUGCCCGUCGCCCGAUCUCAUUCACAUCAAAGUCUAAUGGAAGUCCUUGCUAUGCUGGUUCAAAAUUCAGUGAUUCACCGACAGCUCGUUCCAUCCCUCUACCACCAACUGAAUGGAUUUGUGAAGCUUACUCUGCAAAUUCGGAAACCAACUCAAUGAGCAGCGGUUCGAUCGGGGUUCCAAGUGAUAUGGAAACGAGUUCAAUCUGUUCGAGUGCGCCAUCACUGAGUGAUGUCGGAGAGGUGUCAGUUCUUCCAAGCACACCGCAAAAAUCUACACUUCGUCCUCCAUCUGGCAUGCGUGUGCAUCCUCUCCGUCUCAUAGCUGCUGUGGCUGCAUCAUAA